AUGCGCUAUUGUCGCGACCUUCCCUCCGCUCGAAACGAACUUCGAUGGUUGAAGGAACAUGCCCGCGAUCUUGCGGCCACUAGAGUGCUCCGGAAUUGCUCGUCAGCUACACACACACCUCCUGUAGCGCACAAGAAGAAGACCAAGUCACCAAAGACGCUUACAAAUUUCCACGAUGUCGAAGCGAUUCAAAAUAAAAUACUCUCCCGAUUGGUGUGGCAGAGAUCUCGUGGAAAGCCGUUGCAGUACAUCCUUGGGACCCAACCGUUUGGCGAUCUUGAAAUUAAAUGCCACGAGGGUGUCCUGAUCCCCCGGCCAGAAACAGAAACAUACACGGAACAAAUAGGCAAGAUCUUGUCCGAUCGUAUCCUCGAUGUGAAAAACGAUCUAGCUAACAAGAUCUGCCAACGCAAACGCAUUCGCAUUCUUGAUUUGUGCACGGGGACGGGAUGUAUAGCGCUUCUCCUUCAUUCUCUCCUCAAGCCACCGCCGGGGACGAUGGCUCCGUCUUCCGUCCUAUCAAAGACAGAGCUCGGUAUAGAAGUCGUGGGGCUGGACAUUUCCGACCGAGCUGUCGAACUCGCACGUUUGAACUUGAAGCACAAUGUCGAGAAAAGGCUUUUGCAUCCAGAUGCUCGCAAAGACAUUCACUUCGCCACCCGCGACAUCCGAGAAAUCGAUGUCGUUCCAGGCAAAACAUCUCUUGAGACGGUGGCCAGGGGAGACCGCGAAACCAGGGUCUACCUCAAUCCUGAGCUAGAGAACCAAAGUCUCAUAGAUGGGUCUUGGGAUGUAGUCAUCUCGAAUCCGCCAUAUAUAUCGAGCAAGGAACUCACUGGACCUGGUUCGGUCGAGAAGAGCGUGCGCAAGUACGAGCCUAGACUGGCAUUGGUACCACCUGACGACGAUGACUGUGGUCCCCAGGACCGCAGCUCACCUGACCUGUUCUACCGACUACUUGUAAAAGUUACACGCAAAGUGGAUGCGUCGCUUCUGGUCAUGGAGGUCGGAGAUUCGGAACAGGCGAACCGUAUUUUGAGGCUCGCGCACAGGGAGCUCUCACACGGAGCCAACGAGGCCUUGUUCGAGUCGUGGCGGGAUAACGGCUCGGUGAGACAAAACAAUCACUUAGGAGGCCUUGGGCAUGAUCCAGAGAAGAGGACAGUUGCGUCCGAAGAGGGAAUAUCCGAUCGAGUGGUUGUCUACUGGCGGGGUGACUGGGCUCGCUGGCGACGUGAUACUUCUACGCCUCCAAUCGCGAAGAACAAUCAACCAGCAAUGUGUGGCCCUGAGAAGAUUAAGAUAGAUGCGUCAAGACAAGGAAUCACACCGUUGGCGAACCAAGCAACCCAUUAG